AUGACAAAUUUUGAAGACAAGAAAGUAUGUCAGAAUAAAAAUCCCGUAGAAAAUAUUACACCUAAGGUGCAACUUUCGACCGAGAAGACACAAGAAAGAAAAUUGCCAUGGAGCAAGAGUACCAGAAGAGAUUAUGCUACAUUUGAUGAUGUAGACAAGAAAGAAAAAGAAAAUCCCGUAGAAAAUAUUACACCUAAGGUGCAACUUUCGACCGAGAAGACACAAGAAAGAAUAACGCCAUGGAGCAAGAAGAUCAGGAGAGAUUAUGCAACAUUUGAUGAUGUAGAUAAGAAAGGAAAAGAGUUGCUUGCCAACUGGAAGGUUUUAGUUGAAGAAAAGGAGCACGCUAUCAAAACAACUUUUAAAAAACUAUAUAAUAUGCAGCCAAGCGAACUAUCAGAUAAUAGAACCAGGCAAGAAAUAGAACAACACAUAGAUUUUUAUCAAGCUGACAGAUGGCAGCGUUAA